ACUAGUAUAGUAGUAUGGAAAAACGGUCUAUUUCCCCCCGAUAACUAUCGCAUCAUAACAGAUGCAGCCCAAACUUUAACCCCGGUUCUAAUGUCCCUGAAAUGUACCUUUGAGGCCUAAUUCCCCCCGAAUUGGAAGUUCACCAUCUAAAUGUCUCCAUGUCUGGGUUUCGUCGGUUUGGUGCGUUGACCCGAGACCAAACCAGAUUUUGGUCGUAACUUAACCAAAAAAAAACCGAUUCCAUAUUUUUACCCGACCCACUAAUGCUGUUAAACCCCAAAAUCAAAAUCCCCAAAUUCGAAAUCGUUUUUCCACAAUUGAAGAACCCUAGAUUCUAAAAUUUUGAUUAACCCAGAAAUCGAGUUGCUGCAAGAUGAGCAAUAUGUCAAUGAGUUCGUCAGGAUCUACAGGUCCUCGUGGAAGAGGCAGAAUCGUCGGGGUGCCAAAGAGAUGUUGGUGCGGGGAAGAAAUUGUGGCACUAAAUUCAAAAUCCGAUUCCAAUCCUUGCCGGAGAUACUAUCGUUGUGGUGUUGCUGCUAAACUUAGGCUAAGGAACGAUGAACACACGUUCAAAUGGGUUGAUGAAGCCUUGCUCAAUGAGAUAGAUGCAUUGAAAGAAAAGAAUGUUGAACUUGAGAAGGAGGUUACAAAGCUUAAGACAGAGAGUUUGGAGAUUGAGAAGAUCGUUUGCGAGAAGGUCGAAAUGAUGAUAGAGAAGGAGAUAUUUGAGAAGGUGGAAGAUGCUUUGUCUGAAGCCAAAGGAAGCACUAAGAAGAUGAUGAUUGUCGUUGUGAUAGGGUGUAUGAUCAUGAUUGGAAUCAUCAAAUUAGUCGGAUGAACCAUUGAUCACUUCAUUGUAGUUGUUGUGUUGGUUGAAUGUUUGUGUUUUGGUUCUAGCUUUAGAUUUAUGAUUAAGCUAAUGGAGUUUGUAGUUUGGAUUUAUGAUCAAGACAUUAUGUAAUAAGAGAAUGGUUUUUGUUUUGUAUCAA